UUCUUUAUCUCUGCUUAUACCUUCGAGGAAUCGGUAUAAAAGCCGGAGCGUUCAAACCGGUUCGUCACAACUUCCCCACAACUGCUUCUAGGAAGAUUACGCUCGCACAAAAGAUCAUCUCAGUUCGUCAACACAAUGGCAGCUAAUUUGAAAAUUGCAUUGCUCGUGGUUGCUUUGAUGCUCGUCGCUAUGGCAAUGGCGACAAAAGUCAAAUUAUAUUAUGGCCAUGGUGGAUAUGGAGGAUAUGGAGGAUAUGGCGGAUAUGGCGGUUAUGGACGAUAUGGCGGUUAUGGAGGGCAUAGUGGAUAUAGCGGAUAUGGAGGAUAUGGACAUGGAUACGACAAUGGAUACGUUCACGGAAAUGGAGGAUACGGUGGACACGGCUACUGAACUGCCACACAGUCAAAGGACGUAUAAUAACAUUAUUGUAAACCCAUGUAUUAAGUUCACCUAUUUUCACAAAUAAAGACAAUUUUAAACAAA